AUGAAGGAACAGGCCGACACCACCACCGCGGAGUCCCCUCCCCCUCUCUGGAAAGUGCGCAUGCCUUUCUGGCACCGCGUGGACUGCUUCAUCCGACUAUGGCUGCUGAAAUCCCUGGCCGCCAUCUACUUCUACUUUCGGCGCCUGGUACGACAGCCGCCGCGUCGCUACCAGCCCACCUUCGUCCGUCGCUACCCAUCUCGUCCCAUGCUCAACACCCACAUCUUCUUCCCGCCCAGCUAUUGCGCGGGUGAGCGCCUGCCCUUAUAUCUGAACAUUCAUGGCGGGGGUUUCGCCGUGGGGAAUGUCCAGGUAGAUGACCGCUUCUGCGCCGCCUGGACCGAGCGGACCGGCAUGCUCGUCGUGAGUCUGGACUACCGCCGCGUACCGCGACAUCCCUUCCCCACCGCCACCUACGAUCUAGUCGCCCAGAUUAAGGACGUGCUGGCGGAUGAGUCCCUGCCCAUUGAUUCCGAGCGCAUCACCAUUGGGGGGUUCAGUGCGGGCGGGAAUCUGGCCUUGUCGGUGUCGCAGCUGCCUCCUCUGCAUGGACGGGUCAAAGCCGCCGUCGUCUACUACCCAAUUGUCGACUUUGGCCAUCCCCCGCCCGUCAAACUAGCCUCCCGCCCCUACACGGAUGGUCCCUUGGACAAGAUAGGCAUAAUGGCGUGGGCUCUGGACUGGGGGUAUGUCUGUGUGGGACAGAACCGACGCGAACCACUGUUGAGCCCCUGGUACGCCGACCCGAAAGACCUGCCCCCGCGCAUCUACAUGAUUGCCGCGCAGUGGGAUAUGCUGAGGCUGGAAGCCCAGCAGAUGAUCCACCGCCUGGCGGGGCUGCACGAUAAAGAGGACCAGGAAGCCCCCUUCGAGACGUCUGCGUAUAAGUGGACCUUGGCCCGAGGGUGUACGCAUGGCUUCACGCACGGCCAGGAGGGGAAUGCGGCCGAAAGAGCGUACCGGAAAAAGGUUUGCGAGGACAUAUAUGGCCAGGCCCAUGAGUGGCUGAAGAGUGCGUUGGGACAGAAGUCGUAG